UUUUAAAGUCCUUUCUGGUAAUUUAGUAAGCGCACGCGCAAACGGAAACACGCUCAACGCGGAAUCAACAAAAAAAGACGAAUAAUAAAUUAAAUUUUUAAAUAAAUUUAGAAAAAUAUGGCGUCACUUCCUAUGAAUCCAAAGCCAUUUUUGAAUGGUCUUACUGGAAAACCUGUUUUGGUGAAACUCAAAUGGGGUAUGGAAUACAAAGGCUAUCUAGUUUCUGUGGAUGGCUAUAUGAACUUACAGUUGGCAAAUACAGAAGAACUUAUAGAUGGAGCACUGACUGGGAAUUUAGGAGAAGUUUUAAUCAGGUGCAAUAAUGUGUUGUAUGUUCGAGGAGUUGAGGAGGAAGAUGAAGAAGGGGAAAUGAAAGACUGAACUGAUAAAAUUCCAGAGGUCUGCUGUAAAUAUUUGUCAAGAAAGAUGUGUAGUGUUUAAAACUGGGAUCAAUAUUUUGUUGUAGUAAUAGUGGAAGUUUUGAGUUGACAGCCUGAACGUGAUGAUACAUAUAUAGAAAAAAGAAACUGUCUUACCUCUAGGACUAUAAUGCUGAAGUAUUAUGGUAACAUUAUGGAAUUAAUCAACGUUCAUUUACAGCUGUAAACAUGUUUGGAAAUAUGUAAUGAGCAGGUUUCAUCCAACAAUUUUAAAGCAAGUGAUCAGGGCAACUUAUUAUUAAUCACACCAGUUGCCUUAGAAAAUGAGGUGGCUUUAUAAUCGGUAUUAAUACUGAGUAACAGACUUAGGUUGAAGCAAGUAAAUAGAAGUCCAGAUUGUAUCUCCCUACAUCUUCAGAAUACCAUCGAAGGUUUUAGAGUGCAGACAUUAAAACUUCAGUUGAAGUUGAUCCAGUAACUGCAGAUCUUUUAAAACUAUUUAAACAGUUGAUCUGUUCAAGCUAACAGAGAAAUCACGUGUGUCAUUUUCAGAAAGAUCAUAUUUUCCUCUCAAAACUUGCAUUACUGUCAUCGAAAUAUGUACUUAUCAUCAGUGAAGAGAUCAUUGUAAAAAUUCAUUUCAAUUUUAAUUGUUGUUUUAUACAAAAUAAAAGACAGAAGAGAGAA